AUGAGAAAUAUCAUCGAAUCAUCGUGCAUAAAUGAAAACAAACAGUUAGUUAAAACGUACACGCACAAGAUCUUCCGAUUUGACAUGACGCGAAAUAAUCGUGCUAAAUCGAGUAAUACGACAUCGCCGUCACCAACUGCAAUGAAAGAUACUUUUAUCGAUCUACCUGAUCUGUCAAAAUUCCGAGACGAAGAAAAACGACACAUACUUGACGUUCUAGAACGCGAUGAAAACCUUCGAAAUCAACAUCUCUUACGGUUUAUGAAUCUUAGAAAAGAGGUCACGGAUCUUGAACAACAAGCUCAUCCGACAUCGGCAUCUGUAUGUGCACGAUGUCAAACACCAUUUGGGUUUAUAUUUAACACCGGUGAUGACUGUCCGAAAUGCGGUGCGAAAGUUUGUAAGCAGUGUCGACUACUGCACAAUGAUCACGACAACGGAUGGUUAUGUCAAUUGUGCUGUAAACAAAUGCAACUAAUGAGCUAUUCGGGUGAAUGGUUAUAUACAGCGAGCAAUAAACCCAAGAAAAAUUUGGAAACGUCGUGGGAUGCGAAACGUGAGAUCUAUCAUAGAUCUGUGUCUGCACGGAAUUCAAAUAUUGAGUCAAGUUCGGAUUCCGAGCCGGAAAUUCUCAACAUAGCAUCGAAUUCUGUUAGUCGAUUUGCUACUUUGGCACCGUCUAUCAAAGAAUCCAAACAAAAACCAGCUGGCUCGAAUAGUAAAAUCAACAAAAUGUUAGUGCAAAGCGAAAUCGACGAGCAAAAACUCGAUUUCGUCCGUGAUCAUCUCCGACGACGUCCUAAAGACAUUUCAUUUACUCAACCACUACCACGACGAGUGAUUAAGCUUCCAUCAACCUCAAAUACAGUACAUAGCUCAGUAGAGGAAGUCAAUUCUAUCAAAUCAGCGCAAGUUCCAACACCGAAAAAACAGACUUUAGCAGUACCGAAGGAAGUUAAAGCAAUCACAUCUCUCCCCAAUGAAACUUUGAAAGAUCCACCGAGGAACGAGGAAAUCGAUCGCAAAUCAAUUGUGUCAACUGAAAAUGUCGAUCCACCAAAGAAAUCGAAACGACAAAGAUUGAAACUGCAUGUAUCUCGUCAACAAUCGACUAAUGAUUCUAAACUGAGCCUGGAAUCGAUCACAACUGAAAAAUCAUCGCAUAAAACUCUUAGCGCUUCGAUGCAGAAUUUACGCGAUACAGUACAUCGGAUUACGCCUUCACAAUUAUUAUCAUCACGUACUGCGUCAAGUUCAAAAAGAGAUAAUUUAUCUGUUAGUUCCAAUAAGCCAUCGGGGAAAGAUGACGAAGAUACCAUCUCAGUGAAAAUCUCUGAGACAACAGACAAAACAAGUAUGUAUCCGACGUGGUCUAGUGGUUAG